AUGACGAAGCGAUCGGAGCAGUGCAGUCCAGGCCAGCAGCCCGAGAUCAAAGUCAUCUCGCCCAAGGUCGACAAGUUCCUGACGCUGGCCCCGCAUACUACACAGAACCGGACCGGCGUAUUCCUGACGGGUUCGAAGCUCGAGCUACAGCAGCAGAGUUUGAUCCCUCGAACCAUCGUCAAGACGACCGCGUGGAGUGUCGUGGCGGAUUACUUCCGUCUCUUCCGCUACGCUCUGACGGCGUACGUGCCAAUGUCGGAGCGUCGCUGA